GGCUUCGAGUACUGAUGCGCCGGCGCGCAGUCCAUCUCCCCGACCCACAUCCAGCAGGCCAGCAUCAGUAGCUUCUCCUCAUGAAGGCGCGGAAAUGAUGGAUGCUGAAGAGGAAGAUGAAGACGAUGAGCAUUCAUCGGUGGGCGCGGAAGUGAAAUCCGAACGGCUUAGGACGACGAGUACUACUUCCGUUGUUAAGGCAACUAUCGGUAUUACAGGCAGCACCACCACAAGCAGCAGCAAAUCGGUUAAAACGUCGUCGACGAGUACCAGUAGCAGCAGCAGCAGCAGCAACCAAGAAAAUGAUUCCCCAAAUCGCGCCAAUGGCGGGGACAACAGUGACAGCAGCAGCAGCAGCACCGGUGGUAACGGUUCCGGUAACUGAUAGUUCCGCAGUCGCUUCUCGCUGAUCUACUGCCCGAGGCGUGACAACCGCUCACCGUGAGCACCGCCCGUGCUGGCUGGCGUGAGCUUAUGGCCGUGAUAUUUUUAUGUUAUUUCCAAUCCCGAAAACUUACCUCGACAAAGGAAAGGAAGUAUUUUGCUGUCGAAAACGCAGUUGUCGCGUUUCGUUCCCCAAACCGGCGGUUCGCGAUUGGUAUUAGGUUUCUGUCCCACCUAAAUUAUUUUAACUUUAGUAACGUUGUGUUGGCAAUGGAUUGGUCAGUUUAAACAAAAGGAAGAGGGCAAAGGGUCGCGAGGCUUGAUUGCGCAUCAAUGUUGCAGCCGCCCGCCCGGCAAACCACAAGCGAACAACGAAGUCAAGCACGUCAUAGGGACGAUUAAAAGCGUUUACCAAUGAUCACUUAAGAGAAACCAACCGUACAACCGCGGACAACCCGCACAUGCGUUAUGGGUAGAGUAGUGCCGAAUAGCAUAAAGCAUUGCUAUGUCGUAGGCACCGAGCCCACUCCACACCGUUGCACGGUUACUAGCCAUGGCCAAAGGUAGCUCCACUCCACACUAGCUGCAUUGGUAGGUCACUCUUGAGUCGAAUAGUAAAAUGUGAGUUUUUCUUUCGUGAAAAUAACCACUAAGUGGUUUUAGUUUAUGAUGCAAAGAUAUCGCAUAAAGCACGACGCCAGUCGUGCAGAGAGAGAGAGAGAGAGAGAGAGAGAGAGAGGGGGGGGGAAAAGAAAAGUGCAUAGCGAAGUAGUAGCGACAGCAAGUAAUCGCAGGCAGGCAGGCAAAGCUGGUGGUCUGGUCGCCACAAAAGCGGUAGCGUGUAAGGUAGCUAGAGUAAGUAAGUUGAUAAGUCGCGACAUCUAUUAGAUGAAGCCAACGACGUAUUGUGCGAUAGCAGUAAGCGACAGUAGCGACUACAGUAAGGCUUUAGUUUUAAAUUGUUUUAAAAAAACAAGCAUUUUCUGCUUCGCCUAAAACCGAUCAACAUCGCGCUAGUAGAGCACACGAUGUGAACAGUUUCGAAUUCAUGAAGGCAGCGAGACGAAGAAUUCACAACAACAAGCACAUGACAUCCAUUGUUCCCCCUUGCUUGCCAUGUAGAAAGAGUCCGCCCGUUUACUUGUAGGCAGCAUAUUUGAAUUCAAACUGACUGGACUGAGGGCGCGUAUGCUUCAUUCAAUGUGUUUCAACCGCUUUUGCCCGGUGUUUUUAACAUGUGCUGUUCAAUUUUGUUAUUCAUUUUCUGCCAUACUUUCCAGCUCAUGUUUCUUUUGGUGUCCUUGUUAGAUUUCCUCAAACUGUGUUCAACUUUUCUCUCCAUUUUCUCCAUUCAGUCCAUAUGACUUUUUGCAUAGUUCAUAUUCAUCUUUUCUUUCACUUUUUCAUAACAAAGAUAACACCGCCUGAUUGAUUGGUCAAGCGUGUGCCCAAUUCAUAGCUCAUAGUAAAAGGUUGUUUUCCUGGUGCUUGUCCGGUGUGUUCGCUGAAUCGCUUAAAACAUAACGCUUAAAUAUCUCCUCGAUGGGGUAUCUCUGUCGAAGUGGUCGGUCCGGGUCCCGGCGUGGCAUGUGUCCUUACACUUUAUCACUUACUAGCGGGGAAUCGAAAUUUUCCUCCAUUACUAUUAGUUAUAUUUAUAAGCCUGUGUGUGCCCGCUCGUGUCCGGUUACUCUUUGUGCGCGUUUCCUUAAUUUAUCCUUUCUUGUUUUUUUUUUUGUUUUUGCUGCAAGCAGUCCAUUUCCCUAUUUCUCUGAGCUCGUGGAAUUUUUUCUAUAAUUUAUUCAAACUUCAUUGCUUCCUUUUCGGUUCAGAUUCUAGUUUUUUUUUUCUCAAUUCACGAUUCGUGUUGAAAAAGGGGGGAUAAAAUUCCUUAAACGGAGCUAAAAGCUUUAGUUGAUUACUUUCUCGUUUUGAAUCCUUAACACUUACCCCAAAUCAUAACGUCUCUGGCGACCACAAACCCUGACUAGUAGAGUAAUCGUUUAUAAAGUGUCGAAAACAGUUUAGUGAGGCGGAUGGAGAAAGAUUGCUGUCAUUACGGACGGGUCGUAAGGAGUACGCACUGUAGCUUAGCACCACCACCUUCGAAGGUUCUGUAGAUCGGUUUUUUACAAAGAAAAAGGCUCUGGAACACCCAAAAAAACAACAAAUUGCAAUAUUUUCGUCACCGUGACUGGACGGCGACCAAUCUCGUUCGACCGUUACUGCCAUAUGAACAAAAAAGCAACAACAAAGUAAGAAUAGCUGCCAUUAUUAGACGUCUUUGUGUUUUGUGUUAGCGUAAUAUGCAACAAAUGCACGGCAAUCGUCAGCUAUACAGAGGUUUCCUAUGUUUUCAAGCUUCGUUUAAGUUGGGCAAAUGUUUAGAACAAUCGAAAUGUUAAAACAAAACCACACAAUGCAAAACAUUAACCCGUACGUACCGCCUUAAGCGGGCUGGCCAAUGCCAGCCUUCAGUGACAAUUUGCACACGGUUCAAUACAAUCAUUUCUAGCAAUGUGCCACUUCACAUGGAUAGGAGGUUUUUAAGUGUUUCUUUUCGUUCGUUUGGUAGCCCUUUCGAUUUUCGGUUUCGGGAACAAGGUUAAUAUAUGGGAGCAUUAGGGAAGAUUCUUCUAAACAUGGUGGCACAAACAGCAUUCGGUGGUUUCAGCUUUCACUCGGUAGCGCUGAAGAGUGUGUGACGAAGAUCUGCCUCUCUCUACAUCUCUCGCUACGUUAUAGAGGUUGCAUUAUGCAAAAUGAAGCAAGUAUUCGCACAGGGCAACAGCGUAGGGCAUCUGAAAACAAGCAAUUUAGUCGCAUAAGUCUGCGGAUUUCAGUAAAUUAAAGCGUAAAUUUCAAGUCUUCACACAAAAACACGAGAUAGCACACGAUACCACUCACACACAAAGAGAGAGAUACAGAUGCAAAUACACACUGAACACACUCAAUCAUCCUUUCAUCCUUUUAUGAAGAUAUAUAAAAAUAUAUAAAUGAAUAUAUACAUAACCAUAGAUACAUGUACGAACACCAUCGUUAAGAUUCACUUUCUAGACUCCUGAUUGCGAAACGAAGUACAAAUUAGAAUGUAUGCUUUAACAAACUCAUAGGAAGAAACGGUAGCUUUCACUACCGAAUGAUACACACGAAACACAGCAAAUUCACACAAGCUCUAUAUUAAAUAAACGAUAGCCAAUUCACGAUAUGGUUCACAAAAUGACCGCGCUUAAUGCGAUCGCUCUGAUGCACGUGCUGCGACUAGUCUGUGGACUAGUGAGAUUUUAUUGUUGGUCUAAAAUGCAUCCCAACAACUUCGCAAUUAUUCGUAUUCCAAUUAUACCUUGUUUUUUUUUGUGAAUUUUCCACAUAGUUUUCUUUGUUUUGGAACCAGUGACAUAUUUGCGCAACAAUUUUCUUUUCCUUCAGUUUUGAUCAUCUUUUUAUGUCAAAACGCAUGUGACAAUGCUUUCAUACGGAAAAGAGCAAUCAUUUAAUUGAUGUAACUAAAUGUAACUUAAUAUGCAUUGAGUCGUACAUGAUAGAUUUUUUUACUUUGUAAAACAGAUCAUUUAAUGCCAUUUUCUUGCUUGCUGCUCUAGAGCUGAUAAGCAGGAAACAUGAUUCAACACACGAAUUGCGAACACGAAUUUAGUAGUCAAGCGUCAAAUCAUUAGGGUGUUAGAUGUAACCUUGCGCCAGCUCAUCCUCCUGACAAACGAUGCGCUACGCAAUAGUUCCCCAUUUUUGUUCCUUUUUUCAACAAUGUAAUCAGUCUGCAGCCGCUGAUGCAGCAGAUUUCUUGAGCAGCACUACUUUCUGCAUACUACUUGUUCGCGUUUGGUUUGAAAGCUUAAGCGUAGAGAAAAGAAAAAGCUAGUUGAAGGUGCGACGAUGGUCAAGUGCAGCAUAUUGAUAGUAGCCAAAAUAGUAGGAUGUGUUCGAUUGUUCUGAACAAAGUAAGACAAACACAUAAACACCGUUGCAGCUCUAUAGAACAUUUUUAAUUCAAUUGAAAAAAAAACAAUACAAACUACGAAAAAAACGAAAAAAAUACACAAGAAAGCACACCCCGGCGAUUGAGGAAAGGAAGUGUAAAAAUAAUGUUGAUAAGAUAGAAUUUCGCCCACUAAACAAUUAACGAAAGUAGUAUCCAUAGGAACGACAAGAAGCAUAAAGAGGAGCCCGAUUCUGAAAAGAGAAUUCGCUGAUGAAUACAAACCCCUGGCGCGAUGAGAAAAUCGAAAGAACGCGCAACCAAACGAAGCUACGACACUGUGUACAAAACCUCUGUUGCGCAAAAUUGCGGUGGCACCGUCGUAGAACUGGAGAAACGGCAUAGCACUCGCGCGUAUUAGUCCGCCAUCGAUGGCGAAUCCGGCCAGAAUAGUGUAAACCUGUGGAGCAUAGCAACUGAACGUUCGUCUAGUGGUUCGCACAGGGGACACCCCAACUGAGAGAUGACUGAUCAAACUACUGUAAUCAAACGGAACGGGCGGGGGAGCGCAUUAUUAGAAGGAAGUACCCCGGUUCAGUUCCCACAGCCUACCUGCAAGAACCACCAAGCACCAAGGAGACACGAAGCACCGUCGUGGCAUAGGUGGGGGCCCUCUCGACAAAGGGUUGUAGCUUCAACACGUAACGUUUAAUUUUUUUUUGGCUGUGCUUUUGAAAAUUAAAAGGAAAAAAAUGGGAAAACAGUAAAAAUUACUCACCUGAACUCCUAUCGUUUAACGGGCAUCGAUUUGGAGCGAGCGAUGACGCGCGCGCGCACACGCUCCAUCCUUUACGUUAGAUUAACGAAGCUUAAGUCUUUUCGAACGAUUGACACAAUCGAGAUAUGUAGUCCGGUGCGCAUCCUGGAUCGCGCCAUGUAAAGAGAAACAUGUAUAUCCUUCUUUGGUUUUUGUUUUUAAGUUCAUGUUGUAAACAUUUAGGCUAAGGCGCGGAUAAGAGUAAUUACGUUUAGUGCCCUCCUACUGGGUUCGGUAGGAUCACUGCAGACGCCGCGUAGUUCUAGUUCCCUAUUCUUUUUCACAUAAAUCGGUAGCAGGCCUUUUCGGUGUAGGUUUUAGGUGCGGUUGAAGUCCGCACCGCUGGAAUCUCUGGCUUCUUGGACGUACCUGGACGCGUGUAUGUACAGUAAGAUUCUAGCCCUAAAUCGAGGCCUGCUACAACGCGGUGCCAGGGCUACGCUAAGAGAAUUACCAUAUGCUGCACCACUUCCGCGGGGAUUAUUUAUUAAUAAAACAUUCUUUUUUGUGUAUAGAUUUGCCAUUUACAUGUUAUUUAGUAGCUACGGUCAUAGUCUAGAGAGGACUACGGAAAAGUCACAAAAGCAGCGGUGCACGAGCAUGCACUAAACAAGCGUGCUAAACCCCUCUAUUGUUAAGUCGUAGACGAGUCAGCAAAAGCGAAAAAAGAACAAUACAGUUUGAUGAGUACGGUGCAGGGGGGAGGCGUGGGGCGAUAACGCCAACCACACUGUGAACGAACGAAUCCUAGCUCAUCGCCUAUCGCUGCGAAAAGGCGCGGUGCAGUGAAGCUAAAGUAGAGUUACGUGAAAAAUGGAAAACAAAAACAAAACAUGACCGAAGGCGAAGGGGUUCUUAGCGUUUCCGAAAUUGAAAAUUUCACCUCACCACAACAGAUGCCACGGGCAUCGUAGUAGAUCGAAAACACAGAGACACAAAUUCGAACAAAAACGUAAAGCCGGCGAUACAUGAAGCGUAAACUCAAGCGUAAAUAUAAAAUUAAUUUACACUUGAACAUGUUUACAUGACCGGGUUGAGACGCGUAAUCCGAAUUACACUGAACUUUAAUCGACUUUUGUGAGAAAAAUAGAAUCUUUUUUCCAAAGAAAAAGAUUAAAAACGCUAGUAAUGAACACUCACUAUUAAUGCAAACCACGAACAGGAAAUGUAGUGGGGCAAAUCGCUUGCAAACAGCGUUUACGCUAGGAUUUAUGCUCCGUGGACUUAUAAUCUCUUUUACAUCGUGUAAACGGCAAAUGUAAACUUUUUGGCAUUACAUUCUGAGUUUAUACGAGAGUUUACGCUUCAUGUAUCGCCGGCUUAAGGCUGAAGGCUGAAAAAAAAACAAGAAAUACUAUUAAUGCUCUUUACACUUUUUACUGCCCGAACAAAUGGCGAACUACGUACAUGAAACAACAUGGUGAAACAAUUGUCGAAACCGCGCGUACCGAAAGUCCAACCAUUGUUCCGUCGGCCGCUGGGAACUUGCACACAAUGUACAGAUUGACCAGUACACGAAAAGGACGUAAAAUACUACGUAAAAUACACAAACAAACACACCCACACACUCAAUCACACAACAUGGUACCGAUAGUAGCAAUAGACUAAUUCGAGGAACAACAAUUAUAACUGAAAGCAAAAUAGCAAAAUUACGGCCAAUGCCUACCGUUCUUAUCCCCCCUUCCCUUGCUGCUCUUACUCUGGGCACUCUCUGCCUGGGAGAUGUACAAGUUUCUAUAACCAAAAACGAAAAAGAAAUGGAAAUGGGCCGAGGAGAAAUGGGUUUCAAUGGUUUGAUCGUGGCAAGCGUUUUGUCAAAUAGGCACCACUUUCAUCCUCCACGAUAGCAGAUUGUUUUGUUUUUCUUGUAUUGUUUUGUUUUUUUUUUUCUUCUAAGCCAAACCAAUGAUUACCGCUGAAUGAGAUAACAUGGAAUCACUAUAAUAGACAAAUGAGAACUCACAGCUCCACGGAUGUAAAAUAAUGACACAGUAUAACAGAAAAACACACAAGGCAAGAAUGAUAAAAACCGGUGUGUAUGGACAUGAUAUAGAAACAAGUGAAUGGUGAUGGUGAAAAUCAAAACUAAAAAAACACACAAACAAACACAAACACACAGCUGUAAUAUUACAAAGAAUAGAUUAAUUCAAUAGACAAAAGCAGCAAGAAGAAUGCAUAACCCUCUGAAACGUAGAAACUGCAGUCGCAUAACAGUACCCUUGUAAACCCAAAACUCUCUCUGCACGGGAAAUAGAAAUUGUUAAAAACGUGGAGAAUCGAACGGAAGAUAAACAAAAGCAGCAGCAAUCGAGACACGGAGUAAGAGUAAUGAAAGCAGCAUUCAACCAACAAAGAAAUAUAUUAGAAAAAGAAAACAAAAAUGCAGAAGAAGAGAAACACACAAACCCGUUUAAUAGCAUGAGCGCAAACAGCAGCUAGCAAAUAAAAAAAAAAAAAAAGGUGGCGCGAAGUGAGCGAGCGAG